CUCCCUCUUGCAUAAAAUACUAAACUCCAGACAUAAUUCAAAUGAAAUGCCCUGCAUAGCACUCUACUACUACCAACCUACUGCUCUACCCUUAUAUACGUUGCCUGCUACAGUGUCUAGCUUACUAGUAGGUCUUGUUAUUCUUGCACCCUUCGCUUCCUUAAACGUCUUGACAGUUUCGCUUGAGUCGGCUGUCUAGCAGCAGCGGUGUUAACGCAGAGGCGGCUUAGAAACCUACUGACUUUUUAAACUGUCUCUAAAUAUUAGUGUUGCAG